GGAACCACUCCGAGUUUACUUCUUUUAUUUUAUUUAGUUUGGGCUGAUAAUGGCGAUGAAUGCAGCCGUCAGUAUGCCGGCACUGGCGCUUUAAAGGAUGCAAUCGACUUAUUUCUUGGCAAUUUCAAAAUCGAUCCUAACAAUCUGCCGACUACACUGGAAACAACCGUGCUAAAUUUUGACUAUCACGGUGGCGCCAUUGUUGGGACAAUUUUUGCAGCCGCUAUGACCAUCCUUUGUGUUCUGGUGGCUGAAAAUACAUCAGCAACGGUAUUUUGGCUGAUAAUUUUCAUGGCUUUAAUGCUCUUCAUAUUUUUCAAUGGCGAAGAAUUUGUUAAUAAACCACGGUUGAAAGUUGACUGA